ACACAACUCCCUUGACCACUCCACAUCCCGACACCUCCCGGGAUAUCCACCACCCGCAAUACCACAAGACCAACAGUAUCGCCAAGAAGUAAUACAACGGAGCUCUUCUCAACCAACUCAAGAGACGUAUACCUAUGCUGACCUGCAAACCCCGCUAUCAGAGAGCGAUGACCGACAAAUGCGCUACUACUUCCCCCUCGAUACCCAGGAGCAUCUCCGACGUGCUCUCUUUCAUGUAUUAAACUCUGCCUGGAAACACCAUAAUGAACGUGAGCCAACGGACGAGAUCCUACUGCAGUUCACCCAGCGGACUGGAAAGUUGUACCGAUGUUUGUUCCACAAGCAAGAAGGGCAACAAUGUCCAAAGGAGUUUGACCGAAAAGACCGUGCUCUAGAUCACAUUAGGACACACAUUGACCUGCAACCGUUUUGCUGUCGUGAAACAGGCUGGUGA